CAUCUUCUCUCAAACUCGAGACUAUCAAUCUAACACACACAUCCAACCCACUCACCCCAUCCCACCCCAUCUUCUCUACGCAAUGUUCGGACACGGCAAAGACCACCACGACGGGCCAAAUGGCCAGGGAGGCCCUCACGGCGGACAAGGGGGUGGCCCUCCCCAGCAGCCCUUCGGCGGCCACGGUGAAGGCCAGCACCACGGUGGACCUCAGGGUGGAGGCCCUGGUGGUCCCGGCGGUCAACACGGUGGUCAGCACGGUGGUCCCGGUGCACAGGGUGGUCCCGGUGGUCAUGAUGGAGGCCACGGCGGCCCAGGUGGUGACAGGCCCCACGGCCGCUAAGCUAUAGUAGGGACGAGGUUCAUAGGAAGAACGGGUGAAAACGGAAACGGACUUAUUUGAACGGACAGCGAUGUGAACGCAAUGUAAUAUUCUAGUGCUUGUAACAGAUGAACGAGAUGAUUGUCGCCGUCGAAAGCGUAUCGA